AUGACCAACCAGAUUCGCACCAUCGACCCCGCAACCCAUGAGGUCAUCUUCGACAAGCCAGGAACUUCUCUGGAGGAAGCUGGCAAGAUCGCCACCGCCUCGAAGCAGGCAUUCCAGUCUUGGCGCGCCGUGAGCCUAGAAGAGAGAACCGCAAUUGUCAAGCGCGCUCUUCAGAUUAUCGACUCUCGCAUUGAUGACUUGGCUAAGGAGCUCACCACGCAGAUGGGCCGGCCCAUUCGCUACUGCGCUGGAGAGAUUAAGACCGCCGCUCUUCGCGCGGAGCAUAUGAUUAAGAUUGCCAAGGAGAGUCUGGCUGAUUUGCCGGGUGAGCCUCAAGAUGGUUUCAGACGGAUGGUUAAGCAAGUGCCUUUGGGUCCUAUCCUGAUCGCAUCUGCGUGGAACUAUCCUUAUCUCACAACCGUUAAUGCUUUGAUUCCUGCGUUGCUAGCGGGUAACACGGUGCUUUUGCGCCCUUCUCCUCAGACCCCCCUUCUCGGUGACAGGCUAUCCGAGAUCUUUACCGAGGCUGGACUGCCAAAGGACGUUCUCCACGUCUUGCACAUUGGAAGCUUGGACGUUCUCGACCAAAUUGCUCAGUUGCCCGAGGUCCAGUCUGUUUCGUUCACUGGUUCGACUGCGGGCGGUAUCCGGCUUCGCGAGGCAACUGCCAAGCAGAUCAAGCCUGUAAACUUGGAACUCGGUGGUAAUGACCCUGCCUACGUGCGUCCGGACGUGGAUGUGAAGAAUGUCGCCGAGAACUUGGUUGAUGGAGCGGUGUUCAACUCUGGACAGAGCUGCUGCUCCGUUGAGCGGGUUUACGUUCACGAGAAGAUUUACGAUGAGUUUGUUCGCUGUGUGCAGGAGGAGCUUAAGGGAUAUAAACUUGGUGACCCCCACGACCAGACCACGACCACCGGCCCAGUCAUCUCCGCGCCCGCAAAAGAGAAGAUCCAAUCUCACAUUGAUGACGCCCUGAAGAAGGGAGCCGUCGAUGCCACCCCCAAGAACUCCACAUUCUCCCUCGCCAAGACCAGCCAGAAGGGCAACUUCCUGGCACCCGUCGUCCUGACCAACGUCAACCACGACAUGGUCACCAUGAAGGAAGAGACCUUCGGCCCCGUUAUGCCCAUUAUGAAGGUGUCCAGCGACGAAGAAGCCGUUGCCCUGAUGAACGACAGUGAUUAUGGUUUGACUGCUAGCGUCUGGACCAAGGAUAUGGCCCGUGGUGAGGAAUUGAUUGAUCAGAUUGAGGCUGGAACGGUGUUUAUUAACCGUUGUGAUUAUCCUGCUCCGGAUCUCGCUUGGACUGGUUGGAAGACUUCUGGCUUAGGCUGCACACUUGGUCCCCGUGGUUAUGAUGGAUUUGUCAAGUUGAAGAGUUAUCAUAUUAAGGAUGCUUCUGCUUAG